GUAACCCUCCGCAAAACAUUUAAUGCGGGUAAUCUUUUAAUGAAAUAUGAAAAACUUCAGUCAUAUAAACACUUUCACACCCAUACGAGGUGGUGUUGGAAGAUUCCAGCAAAUUUAUUCUAAAUAGUGCGCAACCUGCAACGUCAUGAACACCAGGCAAAACCAUUGAUUCUAGACAAAAGGGGUACUAGUCUACAUAGCUACUGAUUUCUGCUCGAAUGAGUAUCAAACUGAUGGGAAAUGCGGUCAAGUGUUGUGAACGGUGAUUUAUCUUUCUAUGACAUAAUUGUUGUCACCGGGAAUAGGCGGAUAGCAUGCCAGUACAGCGCAAUGACCCAGGAACCUCCCACGAAUAUGAUCGCUUUAAGUUCAAGUGCAGCUUGUGCUGGCUUCCUCUCUGGCCAUACAUGGGAAGGCCUGCCAGCAACCUGUGGAUUGUUGUGGGUUUCCCUCAGGCUCUGCCCAGUUUCCUCCAACCAUAAUGCUGGCCGCAGUUGUAUAAGUGGAGUAUUCUUGAGUAAGGCAUAAAACACCAAUAGAUAAAAUCAAAUCACCAGGAAUGAAAUACAAAGUCGCAAAUCAUCCCUUAUAAACUGAUUGCAUAUAUUUAACCCUUUUGCGAUAUCUUUCGUUGAGGAUAGAAUGAAAUUAACAAGGCCUCGAGAAGUUGUUCUGUUACACCUGGCAUGUGGUAUUUCUCUCCGUUCAUUUUUGUCAGAGAAACAAAAUCUUAUUUUAUAAUUGACUUGUCAGUUCUCUUCUCUUCCGAAUAAAACAUGACAUUUAUAGUCUUUGAUCGCCUUUCUUAUAUGUAAUACAGAAAUGGUGGAGGGUUAUAGAAUUGUCAGCUAGAAGUACAUGUAUCUAGUAAACAUUAGUGGCAUACUUUGGGCAUUCUGGGUUUACAUGACAGGUGAGAGCCGUCAAUUUAAUGACAAAUUAAUGAGCAUGGCCUUAAACACCAAUCAAGUGAAUUUGAAAAAAAUAAAUAUUUGACUUGGAUUAUCAUCAGAUGGUUUUGUCUUGUUCAGCAACUACUUCAGGAUCCAGUGCAACUACUUCAGAAUCCAGUACAACUACUUCAGGAUCCAGUUCAACUACUUCAGGACCCAGUACAACUACUGGCGGUCCAACUGAUAAAGAAAUUGGCCUUAUUGUUGGACUUCUCAUAGCUGCCACCCUGAUUAUUGCAUUCCUUUGCUUUGUCUCGGUGCGUUACUGGAUAACUGGAUCUUUCAAAAAGAUAUGUGUCUUUGGAGAUAGGCCCGAAUAUCAGCCUCAAAAGAAACCUCAUCAACCUCAGCAGCCCCAGCCUGUACAGGAAGAUAUUACCAACUAUCCUCGUUCUUUUCCAAUAAAGUUGAAUGAGCUACCUGACAAGUACAUUGAAUUAUCCUCCAACUCUGGUCUGCCAUUCAGACAUCAGUACAUGAUGCUGACCAGACUGAGUCCUCGGCACCCACAAACUGCUGCUCAACACCCGGAAAAACCAUUUCAAAAACAGAUACACAGAUAUAUCACCCUUUGACCAUAACCGUGUGCAUCUGAACAAGCUAGAGGAUGAUGAAUUCUCGGACUACAUUAAUGCCAGCUAUGUGCCGGGUUAUCGCUUCGCUAAGGAGUACAUUACCUGUCAGGGUCCCACGGAAGAUUCUGUCAACGACCAUUGGAGAAUGAUCUGGGAACAGAAUGUCAGAGUCAUCAUCAUGGUAACCAAAUGCCAAGAGGGAGAGUUCAUUAAAAGGGAGAAGUGUCACCAGUACUGGCCAGACAAGGACUCUGUCCCCGUACAAUAUGGCAGUAUUACUGUGGGUCUCCUGUCAUCAGAGAAGUACUGCCGGGAUAACUUCAAGAUGCGCAAACUGGAUGUCCGAAAUGGUGUGGAAACGCGUAUUGUGUACCACUUCCAGUACCUGCGCUGGCCUGACAAGCAGAACCCUGAGGACCCUGAAGGAUUGCUGGAGUACAGGGAGGCCAUCCGAGACACCAUGAUGCAGUUUGAGGAUGGUCCUGUCGUGGUUCACUGCAGUGCUGGAGUGGGUCGUUCUGGGACGUACAUCGCCGUUGAUACCUUGUUACAGCGCAUGGAGGACCAUGAUACCGUGGAUAUCUUUGGAUUGAUCCUGAAACUGCGUAACUACAGAGUUUACAUGGUGCAGACUGAAGGACAGUAUAUGUUUGUACACCAAUGUCUGCUUCUGGCUAUGGAUAACAAGAAAAAACAGGAAGUGGAUGCUGGACAUGUCUAUGCUAACAGUGUUCCUGAAGAAGACUUCAACCCUUAUGAAAACAUUCCACUAGCUAAAAGGUCAAAAGAUGGAGAGCAGAAGACUCUGUUCUCCUCUGGCAGCAGGAAGAGGAAAUCCAAGGUCGUGGGCAGUAAAUACAUAGAAAAGGAUUAUGAGAAUAUUGCCAUGAUAGAGGAUAAGAGGAAAAGCCCACCCCCGAUUCCCACAAAACCAGAAUCACCCAAAGAACCAGGACAGUACAAUAAAGGAAUGACAUCCUCUCGAGAGUUUCUCUAUGAAAAUGGAAAUGUGAAUGAUGGCAAGAAUGAUGUAAAAGAAUCUUCUGAGAAUGAGGACUCAUACAAGGGGAAUAACCCUAGCUCUGAAGUUGCCUCAGAUGAAUCUAUUGUUCUGGUUGAAGAUAAAUAAAGUGUAUCAUGAUUUUUGUGAUUUGUUAAACAAAACACACCUGGAAAACAUUCAUCUCAUCCUGAAAUAUGCCUGGAUGGUUUUCAUGAGCUUCUCAUCUAGUGAUGAUGCCUGGAGUGUACAAGAAUGGAACUGCUGAUCAUUUUGUUGUUAAGGUGUUUCAUUCAAACUUCGUGCGAUCUUCAAAGGGUAUUGGAGUUUUAUGUACCACUUUCUAUCAAGAAAGUAUGUUUUGUUUCAGAAACUACAUAUAUUUGUUAGGUUAUCUUGAUAUUUUAUAAAUUUGCAUUGUAUGUGUACACAGAAAAUUGUAUGCCACUCUCUAAGCAGUUCUAAAUGCUAGCUGGUUUUCUUUUCAGCUUGUUUGAGAAUGUUCAGGUGUAGCCACAUUCAGUAGUCAAACUACUGUACCUGUAUGCCCUGAAAACAUCUGUAUGUCACUGGAGUCUGUGCCCAAUAUCCAUUAUGUGGUUAUAAUUAAAGGGCAACAAAGGAACUUAAAGCUGGCACUUUGGAGUGGAGUUGGGAGGCAGCAUCAUUUUUAAACUCAUGAGGUGGCACUAAUGUUAUGAGGACCUCAAGUUGUUUUCAUGUUAACAAAUUACAGGGUACAAAUUUUCACUGUACUGUUGUAUCAUCGCUAAUGUGAGGUCAUUAGUAAGAAAGGAAGGUUUGACAUCCAUAAAAUGGUGUCAGUGUCCCAUAUGCAGCCGGGGCCUAUGAUGGAGACAGUUCUAUUGCUUUCAUUGUGUUGAACAACUCUGUCUCUUGUAGACUGGAAUUUCUCUUGACAGCAGUAAAGGCCACAUUGGUAAGUAAACAGUAAUGAUUGUGAUAGUGGCAUAUUGGCUGCCAUGUAUUAAUGAUUCACAUAUGCAAUGCAUAUGUACCUUACCAGAGGUUACCAUAUUUGUAGAGGAAGAAUGAUUCCUAAAUUUUGAUUUCAUGAGAAACCAACCGUGUUCCAAAGGUGAACAGAAUAUUUUUCCAAAUGUGUGAUACAAUUGUGUGAAUGGAACUUUGCACUGGAGCUGCAGCAUUGGUGUACAUGAGAGAAUGACCAUGUGUGACAGUUGGUUUAUAACAUGUCCACAGUAAUAGAGGAAAACAAGGAACAACAGAGGAAAACAAGGAGCAACAGAAGAUUUUCAGGAAAACAAAACUGAUGAACAUGCAGAACAGGAUGUUGGAAUUUGGUAAACGAGACCGACUUGAGUUAAAAGGGUUACUUUUGAUUAACGAACACAUUACAUUUCAAUCAUUUUUUUUCUCAAGAAAAAAUGUUUGAUGUAAGUGGUGCCAGACCUUAAAUUACCAUAGUUUCGCAUAGAUUUUUCUUCGCAUUGACACAUCAUACAUUUAAAAUUAAUUAAUUAUAUCCAUAUAUGUCGGGCUAAUCAGUACAGUGGGUUUUGCUAUUUUAAUGAAUGGUUAUAUAGAUAUCAGUAUAUCAGCACAUUGUCUCAAAAAACAAAAACCCGGACAAAUUGUUUAACGUACAUAUAUUACACUUGUAUGUAUUAAAAAUCAAAAAUUAGAGAAGAUUCACAGUGAUUAUAUAAUACAUAACCAAUAUCCAUUUAGUGCAGACAUUUCUCAGCUUAAGCUUCGUUCUAUAGAGCUGGUACCCACUGAGAGGAUUGCAGUGCUUUUUAAAAUGAGGAACUUCAAUUUUCUUGCCAGAUGUUCUUAUUUAGUGUUUAUUUAUGUGUUUAUAUUCUUGCUGUGCAUGUAUGUGACCUUGCUAAACCUUCCUGGGUCUGCCAGUAACCUGCGGAUGGUCGUAGGUUUCCCCCGGGCUCUGCCUGGUUUCCUCCCACCAUAAUGCUGGCCGCCGUCGUAUAAGUGAAAUAGUCUUGAGUACGGCAUAAAACACCAAUCAAAUUUCCUGACAACAGUUUUUAACUGUAGAUCUAAGCCCCAUUCUUGACAGUGGCUGAGAUCUUCAUACAUUUCAGUUACUGAUGCUCCAUAAUAAUCUCAUUUCUCACUUUUAUACUGAAUAUUUAUGUGCCGAUAUAAAGAAAAUGUGUAUAUGUAAACGUGUAAUAACCAGAUGCAGAAAUAUAUAUAUUUUUUCUAUAAUGUUAUUUGAUAAAGCUGUAUGGAAUGAUAUGUACAGAAAUGAGUGUAUUGUUGAUAUGUAUUAUGAUCCUGUCAUUUUAACUUAAAAAUUAGUGAAUGAACCAAGAUACAUGUAGUUGGCAGUAAUGAAUACUGCUGGAACAGAAGUCUUAUAAAUAUAAGUGUAGUUGUUAUAAUUGUUCUUUUUUGUUAUACUGUUCUGUCAUAUACUUUUGCUUUUCUUUUUUUGCUUCUGAGAGUUUCUGUGUUUUGUAACUUUUGGGUUUUUAUCUCUCUGUUUCGCUUCUGAUCCUUUCAGUAGCUCUCUGCUUCGUACCUAUUUUGCUCUUGAGCUUUUUAAUAAUCAUGUCUUUGUACAUACAUGUAUUGUGUCAUAUGUGCCUUUUUAUUUUGCUGCUGAUCAAGCCUGUUGAUAUUUUUUUCAUAAGGAGGGUAACAUGCUUAUAUUUAGUGCUGAAAUCCAGACUCUUGUUAUCUUAUUCUUUUGUGUUGCUGCCAUACACUUAUAUGUAUUUAAACUGUAUGAAUAUCCCACUGCAAGCUUUCCUGUAAUACACAUAAAGGCAUAGGGUGCAUAUAUAAACAAUACAAUAUUCAGUUUGUAGCUAAAAAGUGAAACGUACUUUUGUACAUCUACAAAUGUAUUAUAUUGACCCUGAUCACACCAGGGGUAAUUAUUGAAAUUUAUGUGUGGCUGACAGCAGUGUGUAGCCUCUUGCUUUAAAUAGGUAAUGUUUUGCAAAGUUUCAAAAUAGAGAUUAAUAUGAGUGUAACGGAAAUAUCGGACAGGGUUGAUGAAAAGCAGAAACCUUUGCGGAGAUAUAGCAUUUAGCCGUGAUGUUAGAAUCUGUACUAAAAGUAUUUUAAGAAGAUUCAUCAUUUUAUUUCAUCUUCUUGGCUACCAUACUGGAGGUUUUAUUUUCGUUUAUGUGCCUAUGAAGUGGUGUAAAAAAUUUUGGCUAAAUAGUACAACUAAUGUCGGAUUUUGAAAUUUGGACAUGUGCUGAUAAAAUCAUGUCUGCAUGAGUGCUUUAAACCAGACAGAAGUAAAAGCAGCACGAUAUGUUGUAUUUUUCCAAAUUCUGUUACUGAAUUAUAAUUUGUAGCCUUGUAGACAAUGUGAUUUCACAAUAUGAGAUCACUGCAUGCAGGUAAAUUGACUUUCACAUCUUCUGUACACAUUACAUUAUAACAGCAGUGACUCACAGAAAAUUCCAUUGGUGGAGAUAUCUCACCACCAGAUAUGUAUGUACUGUACUAGAUAAGUAUUAUUCUAGAACUUAGGAAAUCACUUGAAGCUGAAGUAGUGAUUGUAAUUUGACAAAGAAUCAAAAUUUCUGAGAAAUGUGAACCUAAAAAGUUGGUACAUUGAUUCGAUCUUCAAGCACCACCUGAUUUGGUGGCAUUUGUAGUCACAUCCUUAUGAAGGAGUGCUAAAUUCAGUGUCACAUUUGCCUGAUUGUACGUACGUUUAAUUCUUCAUAUACAUGGUCUGACAUUAUUAAUAACUGGAUUUCCUAUAACUAGAAUGUAAUAUCUUUUAUACCUAAAAUGGAGAACAUUUUUUUCUGAAUAAUCUGUACUAGUAGUCUCAAUAAUCAGGUCCAUGAUCUUUGGUUUAUUUUCGCAGGAAUUUGUAUUAUAAACCGGGUAAUUGUUGGCAUACAUCUUUGCUGUAGGAAAUAUGACACUGACCAAAUGGUCACCGUUGUCACUGGUUAUGUACACAUGAAUUCAGUUUCAGUUCAAAUGUAAUAAGCAGUUACAUGGAUGGUUGAGGAUCCAAAGAGUAUGAAGGAUAAAUGAAACGUGUAAUAAUUCAGAGCUGUGAAAGUUAUAGUUUGGGUCACAGUGUAACACAGGCGUCAUGAUAUUUUUAUAUUCUGCUGACAGAAGUGUUGAUUUCUGUAUAACAUUGUCACAUACUAGUAUGAACUGUAUCAAAUCUGCUUAGAGGAGAAGAUUUGGCAGUAAAACUCCAUAAGGGACGUGAAAAGAUGAUGGUUUCAAGGUUUCACAUGAACUAAUAAUUACUUUGUAUCUGUUCCUUAAACUGCAUAGAAGUUAAAAGAGAAGAUGUUUGUCAGCGGAGACAACUAGGGCAGCCAUGUGGGCCAUGCUGAACUCUACCGAGUAGCCAGCAAAGCCCAUUGUUUUGUGCAUGCUUGCCAUCCAUAUUGCUUAUAUAAGAGGAGUUUAUUCAUCACAGUGAUGUAGUUCUGUAUUUGUCACAUAUUAUUCACACUUUAAAGAAACUAAGGCUCAUGAACUUGUAAUCAAUUAACACAGAUUGAUUCUGUUACCCAGUGCUUAUCAUAAACCUCUGACGGGAGUAGGAAUUAUAGCUUAAAACAGAAAUCUACGUGAUAGCUAGGGUUGUAUUUUGUGCGAGUUGAAGAGACUGAAAGAGGAAAAAUACAGCAAAUUCUGCUUGAAUUGUUAAAAUAGACAGUUUAUGAUCAAUCGUGGGUAUAUUCUCUUUAGGAAAUGGAAAAUAUUCACGUUUCAUGAAAUGUACAUUUAUUGACCACAAAGCUAAGAUUAUCCAACUUAUUAACCCAGGAUUUAAUCAUGGCUUCUUGAGGUAACUAAAUAUAACAUUUUCUUGUUCAUGUAAGUUUGAAGUCCCAACCGUCAAUUAAGAAGGUUUCUACAUGUGUCAGUCAUAACUAAAGCCAUAAGUAAUGCAAAUACUUCAACAUUAAGCCAAACAUGAACUACUUGUUCAUUUAUACUUACAGCUAUGUCUUAAGUUGUGAACUCAUUUAUGGUAAGAUCUGCGUUCCUUUAAUAUCAUGAAAGAUAAUUACAAAUUUAAACUGCUGUCUUUAAUAAAUAGAACAUUUAACUAUUUCAAGUUGCCAUCUACUUUGUACCUGUACCUUCUGUAUUACAGUAUUGAUCGUUAUUCUAUAGUUUGUUACUGUAGCAACAAUUUGUUACUUGCUAUCCUUUGUAAUAACAUUUGUCAGAAACCUUCUUUCAUGGAUUUAGUAAUACAUGUUAAGUUGUACUUUCAGGACCAAAAGCUGCCAAGUCAUACUGUAUUUUACCCUGUUUCUGUUUUCCUUUGCUGAAUCUGCUCAAUGGCUGCUAUUAUUCAUCUGGUCUUAAACAACUCCAUAUUAGUCACUCAAUCUGUCAGCUGAUUGGUCAAUUUUUUAACAUCAUAUCCUUUAACAUGGUCCAAAUUUUUAACAUCAUCUAUUCUUCUAUUAGGUCUUCUAUUGGCAUGUUAAUUAAUACAUGAUAAAGUGUGGUGUCAAGCAAUCAUCACCAGAUUCCUUUUUUCUACUGAGAUGAAUGUCUUUUAAUCAAAGAUAGUUUUUAGCUCACCGUUACAAAGUAAGGCAAGGUAUUGUGAGUGUGGGGGGAAAGUGCUGUCAUUGUCCGAGUAAGCUAGCUUUUUUGUUUGGGUCAGGUGAGAAAGGUUUUAUGUUUGGGUCUGCUAGCCUUACAGUUUUCACGUCACUUUCAUGAAAUUUGGUGGGAAUGAUGAACAUUGAUUCGAACAUUUACUCAUGUUGAUUGUAAAUUAGAGCUGUUUGCAUUUUUAUUUGAAUUAGCAGGUUUUGGACUUUUGUCCAAGCUGGCACUAUAGCAAGUGAAGGUAAGGCUUUUUGUUAGUGUCAGCUGCUUCCACAGUUGCUGAAACUUGGUGGGGACAAUGGGUAUGCUUUGAAGACUUCAUGAAAUAAAUAAUUCUAAAUAAUUGGGUAUAUUUAUAUUUUUAAUCAAAUUAUCAGGAUUUUGACAUUGCCAUUUUAUCUGACCGACUACUAUUCAUUUUGGUUGGCCAAGGGAAGAUUUUAUGUUUGGGUCAGAUAUUCCAACAGUUUUUACAUCAUCUUUACGAAACUUGAUGAGAUUGAUGAAGAGUAUUUGGCGAUUUACUGAUUUUGUCAAGUUAGGGUGUCAUUUGAACUGAAGCCAUUACUGACAAGCUGUCGGGUUUCUCAUAACCCGUGUUUUACCAGGUUCAGAUAUUGUGUUCAGAAGUGAUGCAGUACAGGAAUGAUUAAAAGUUUCCCACCAAAUAACUGUCAUAUAAACUAUGAAACAAUUGUGAAAUGUUUUGGUGAGUAAUAAUUAAUGAUAUUCUACUGUACCUGAUGACAAAUGGUUUUUAACGAUUUCACAGGAUCCACUGAGUGUGUAAGAAAUGUGUUACAAACUUAGUGGCUGCUUUGGAAUGAACUAAAAUACGUCUCACGGCUGUCUCCUCAAGUGAACUGUUUGUACUUGAAAUAAUUUUUCUUCCUAAUUGUAUAGGGCCAAUGAUGUGACCAUAUAAAAUUUGAUGUUGUAUUCUUGCUUUUCUAUGUAUUUGAGACUGCUCAACUAAAACAGAUUUAGAAGAAGCAUAUUUUAAGUAUUCUUGGACUUUCUAUGUAUUUACCUUGUAUAUUUUAAUAUUACAUGUAAAAUUCGUUAUGACUUCAUUGUUUUUUUUUACACUUGCCCACAUGCUGAUGAACUUGUGUAAAAACAAGAAAAAUAUGUUACGGAGAGUUUAUCUAUUAUUAAAAUUUAUUUUACCCAUGGUUGA